UUUCAUACGCAGCUCACAUACAUAUCUGGUGCUGAUUGAUUAGAAUGAUACAAGAUUAAUAUUCUCCAGAUGUAAUGCAAUAAGAACUGGUGUUUCCCUGCUGUAAACCAAUCACAAUCACAAUAUUCCUGCUGUGCUUCCGUAGUCACAGAAAUGCUCCCACUGAGAGACACAUGCUUUACCAGCUGAGACUUCCCUUUCCCUUAUAGCCAGCUUCAGCAUAAAACCUCUCUACUUCACCCCACUCUAAUCCCUAUUAACACAGGCCCUAAAUCUGCUUAUAUCUCUGCAAGAAAUUAGAAACACCUUCAGCCAUCUGCUGGAUAUCACACACAGCAGAAUAUAUACUUCGGUUCUCAUUACGUUCAAGUCAAAACCUUUCAGAAAUCAUCUUUUACAAAUGCAAUUCAUUUAGGUGCUUAUGUAAUCUGAUGAGAAAAAGAAGCAGGUAGGCUGUUCUAUAAACAGUCAAGAUCAACCUAAAUUGUUUACAUGGAGAUUGUUACAUAACUGAUUUACAGUUUAUUUUUAUAAACGCGUAAUAUCGUUCAGUCAUUGAUUUCGUUCAUCACACUUACUGUUGUCAAUACCAUUAAACGCCCAUUUGCUAAACAUAGAAUUUAAUACAAGUUGGUGGAACUGCAUAAAUACCCAGUUUAAAACAUGUAUUUUGUAAUUAAAACUAAAAUAUGCACUCUUUCUCUAAAAUGCUGUUUAAUCAUGACCAAAGAUUAUACAAAUCGACCCUGAUGCCUGCCGUCUCAAAAUAGCCUUGAGCGUUGUUCAUAAUCUCUUCAGUUGACGGACAACAAACUGGCCAACUCAAGCCUCCUGAAAAUGUGGAAAAAAAGAAUCUAUUAAUAUGAGCACAACAUCCCUGAAUGAUGGCCCCCAUCCUGACCUGUCCCCAGGUAGCAUGCAAACAUUGGUCUCCAGGCCACUGCUCCCUCAGUCAGACCCCAUUACCACUAAAAGGGUAUGUUUCUACAAGAGCGGUGACCCUCAGUUUACUGGGCACCGGAUGGUCAUCAACAGUCGCACUUUUAAAACCUUUGAUGCCCUACUAGAUGCCCUCUCAAAGAAAGUGCCUCUGCCAUUUGGAGUAAGGACCAUCACAACACCCAGGGGAACACAUGCUGUCUGUUCCCUUGAUGAUGUGCAGGAUGGGGGCUCUUAUCUGUGCUCGGAUCAGAAGAAAGUCAAGCCUUUUAACUUGGACGAGGUCCACAAGAGACAGGUCCCUUGGAACACUACCAGACCUGUCAGUGCGGGACGCCAAGCACGCAGAGAACUGGUCCGGCAACUAGCAAAGAGAAAUCAAGUGUCCACAAGAACAAUAAAAAUGUCGGAAAACACUGUGGUGGUGCGGACACCAAAAAGACUGACAGUUUACAAAAACAGAGAUCCAAGCAUGAAGCGAGUAAUUGUUCUUCAUAGGAGAAUAGCCCCUACGUUUGAAGCUCUUUUGGAUUAUCUUUCUCAAAUGAUGCAGUUUCCUGUUGUAAAGCUUUACACAGAAGAUGGCAGAAGAAUUGAAGGACUUUCUGCUCUUAUUUUGUGCACUGGAAUUGUUGUGGCAGCUGGUAAUGAACCCUUCAGAAUAGGGAUAUACAAUCUUCAGGCUCCCACAAAAAUUCAGUCAAAGAUACCUUCUGAAUCUGAAUCCCUGCAACAAAUGGAGACACUACUACAAGAAAAAAAGAUUCCAUCUGGGACCAAUUCAAGAUCGAGGAAUUUCUCUUUAUCAUCUGAGAGAUUCCUUGUAGAGCAGAUCAAUAAGUCACUAAAUGGAAAUCUGACAGAGCACAAUAGGACAAAGAAUGAAUCAAUGGAGACCGAAGGCAGUCAGCCAGUGGGAUCAGACGAGAUGGAGGCCUGUGACUAUACAGAGGAUGUGGAGGAGAGGAAUUGCCCCACAAUGCCUAACGAAGACGACAUUGAAAAAUCAUUUCGGGUUAAUGAGGAUGGAAGCAUGACAGUAGAGAUGAAGGUGCAUCUUACUAUAAAACAAGAGGAAAUGAUCCACUGGACGACUACAUUGAGCCGCACCUCAGUUAAUAGCCAGCAGAGGGCAGUGUGCAAUUCCAAACCAGAAUCGGGGGCAAACUCAGUAGAUAUAACCAAUGACUCAGGCAAAGAGUCGAAUGGACCUCAUAGCCUAGAUUCAAAAGAAAUCAAUACUGUACCUAAUAAAACUGUAGGAUUCAUCAAGGAAGAAAGAGAAAAUUAUGGCAGUGAUACAUCUUCUGAAAAGCCUAUGCCCAUCUAUAGAAGGCUGCCCACUCCAGCCCCUAGACAACGUCGAAAAGAGGUCUCAGUUGAAAACAUUAAAACUGUUUCAGAGACUGAAGUUCAGGAGAGUACAGUUGGUGCGUACUCAUACAUGGAGCGGACUGCACAGGGAGAGUUGAUGGAAGGCUACUGUGUGGUCAGUCGCAGCAGUAGCAGCAGCACAAGAACUGUGUCAAAACCCGGGAAGAGUGAAUCAGGAGAGAUUAAACAGAAGAAGUCUCAUUCUUCCUUUAGAUCCUCAGGGGUGGCAGAGGUACUUCAGCUACAAAACAAUGGGACGAUGGGAAUAACAGAGACUGUGGUGCAUAUAUAUGAAUCACAGGGUACAUGUGACAAUUACUAUGCAAAUACACAGAUGGAUACGGACAACAAGCCUGGAUACUGCACAAAAGCUUUGCCUCAAAGUAAGCCAGGCUCAACAGACUCAGGACCCUGUUCAUCAAGUAACGAUUGUGAUGUUGAUCUCACAAGGCAGUCCACAAGCUCCAACUCCCUGGAUGGUGGAAAAAGUAAUAUGCUGUCAUUAUCUUCUGACCGUUCAACACCUCCAAAAAAGAUAAAUAGCAAUCUUUCCAUCCUUACCGAUGACGAAAAACAAUCCUUGGUUGAGUGCACAUCUGAAACAAUACAAAAGAAGAUUAUGCAUCCAGCAAAAGAAACAAAUUCCAGUAAUAAAAGCACUGCUGUUAAUAAAAAUAAUUCACCAAAGUCCAAAAAAUCAAAGCAAAGCACUUCUUCUGGAUCAUCUAGGCUUGGGAAAAACAUAAAAGGCAGUGCUCCAGGCUCUUCAAAAGACCUCCGAGUGACUUCAGACACAACGAGCCACACAGGAUCAGAGAAAAAGACUAGCUCAGCAGAAAGUGAUAAACAUGAGCACAAAGCAGUGAGAGACAAAAAUAAGAAGACAAAGACAUUUGAAAGUUCUUCAAAAAGUAAAAACUUGAAUCUUGAUAAUGGGAAUCAAAGACCAUCAGAUAAAGAUGUUAAGUUAAAAGAUAAAACCAUAAAAGACACUUCCCACAAGAUAAACACAAACAGCCAUGACUCUCAAGGGCCAAAAUUGAAAAAGAGUAGUUUAGACAUUGAAUCACCAGCCCAUCCAGCAAAACUAAUAAAGAGGCUUCCGAAACAAAGAUCCAUGAAUGGUGUAAAACCAAAAUCCUCUAAACCAAGACAGGAACUGAGUGAAAGCGUGUCAUUGCCUGUGUUACAGUCAUCUUCCACCAGUGUAAAUCAGUAUGUUGAAAACUGGCUGAAAAGACUUGAACCAGAGUCUCUGCCCUAUGAAGAUGAGACAGACCCUCCCGAGAUUGUGCCAAGGGCUGUAUUCCAGAUAGGGGCUGACUCCACUGAAGACUCUGAGAUUAAAAGCAACCCUGAUGGAGAUAGCAUAGAGGAAAAAGAACAAUUACUAGAAGAUCAUGUUGACGAAAGCCCAAUGUGUCACCCACCAGUGCAAAUAAGGUGUGAGGGAGAGCCAAUUGAGCCACAGAAGACAAUGGGCUUUUGUAAAUCAAUGCCAAUUUUGAGGGUGCCUUCUGAACAAGAAGGUAUUGUAAGAAUGCACAAGUCAUCCGAGCACUUGUUUCCCCCAGAACCCUCUGGGAAAUCACAAAGUACAGAGGUCAGUGUUAGAUCAGGCAUGAAACCAGUUUUGCAACAGUUGUGUUUGUCUGUUCAGUCCAUCAAGCGUGCUUUGAGUCAGACCUGCUUAACAUCUGGGGAAAGGGAAAAGUCCAGUAGCCUCCCAGACUUUUCAUCUCAGGUGGCCUCUGCCUUUGGUUCUCCAUCCAGAGCUCUUCUUUCUUUCUUGUCAGUCAUGACUCUGAGAGAUGGGCUUUCAGUCCUUUAUAAAAACGAAUCAGAAACUGGCAACUCAAAUGACUGCCCAGAGGCCCUGCAGGUAAUGCAGUCUUUGGAAAAAUUAUCUAACAUUAAAGAUGAAGAUGAGCUAAGGGCCAGCUUGACCAGUCUUCGAAGUUCAACUUCGUCCAAAUUAAAUCAAAGCUGGAAAGAUUUCCAAGAGCAAAAUAUCUAUGACGAUAGUCCCCCACUGUCACCAAGACUAUCGGAACAGGAGUUUGCUCUAGAAGUGGACUUGGAAGGAGAAACGGAUGAUCAGGACAAACAGCACAGUUUUAGUAUUGCACAGUUACUGGAUGAACUGAACAUGCCUGAAGAUGUUCAAAGAGAAAUAUCCUCUCUUGUUGAAGGAGAACUUAAUUAUUUUACUCAGUCAGACUCAAUCAAAGAUGCUGAGAACAUCAGUGACAUUUUAGGUAAAAAGGAGGAAAACGAUGAUGGCUCCUUAGGUGGUAGUUUAGAGAAAGCUGCAGAAAUGGAAGAAGAAAGGGAUAAUAUUGGCCAAGACAAUGAUGUAGCCAAUGAUGACAUAACCAAUGAUCCAAAAGACCCAGAACCUUUAGAGAUGCAUUUAAAUCAGUCUCAUUCCCCUGACUCGGAAACUGUAGAUAAGGACUUUUGUAAUGAAGAUUCUGGUAUAGCAGUGCCUAAUCAGUCACCUGAAGGUAAUGGUAGUGAUUCAAGUAAAGCAGAGGCUUUAAAAAUCUGUAAUAACAACCAAGUAAAUGCAGAAUGCUUGCAAGAAAAGGUGAUGAAUAAAGACUUAGAAUCUGAAAACAAAGAUGCUGAAGAAAAUCAUUCUUCAAUAGCAGAAGAUGACCUACAGGAACAGAAGAUGACCACAGAAGAUGUAGCUGAAGAUAAAAAUGUUUCUGAGCUCUCAGAUGACCAGGACAAUAUGUCUGAAAGAGAGGAAAACAUAAUAGAAGAGAAUAUAGAAACUGAUGAAAAGGAAAACGACACCAAUCAAGACAUGAGGCAAACUAGUGAACAAUCAGAUGAUUCAGAACCAGACGCCACAGGGGCCAAACACUCACGUCCAGCAUCGGAAACUGAAUGUGUGCCAUUUUCAGACAGAGAGGCAUCUGAGGUAAAUGAGGACAAUCAGUACAAUACAGCUGAGGAUUGUGUCAGAGGAGAAGAGGACGAAGAAGAAGACGAAGAAGAAGACGAAGAAGAAGAAGAAGAAGAAGAAGAAGAAGAAGAAACAAUUAGUGACGAAGGAGGGAAAGAGCAAGAAAACACGUCCAUCAUAUCAGAAGGCGAGUCCCUGCCAUUAGAGCCCUCAGAGACAUUAUCACCUCAUCAUGAUACAGAGGGCGUAUUCAGAAAGCAUAUAAUACAGUCAUCCAGCCAAGAAGAUGAUCAAGUGAUGUCUCCAGAUAUUAAAAGUGCAGAUGAACAAGAAGGAACUACAUCAGAUGUCUCAGAAGAUGAGGAUUCUGAACCACACUUUAAUAACAGCAGCCCUCAUCGAAGUAGUAAUGUUGAAAAUAGUAUGACCCCUGAGUCUGAUUUUGAGAAAUCACAACAAAAAGAAGAUAAAAGACUUGUGGAUGAAGAUGACAUUAACAAAGUAGACCAUGAUGGCUCAGAGGUUUGUGAACAAAUAGAUCCAGAUGCUGAACAGGACUCUUCUACAAUCUCAGAUCCUGAGGUUGGGCAUGAGGAUGUGACAGGAAAAAUGUCAAACACAAGUGAUUCAAAACUCCAGACAUUUGAGGAAGAUAGCCUCACUGAUAAAAAGGACAGUUCUGCUGAAGAGUGUGAUGCAGAUGAGGUUGAUCAUAGCAGUUUACUUGAUUCUCACAAUAAUAACAAUGGUCUUCGAAACUCGAUUGUGUGCACUAAUACUACAGAUUCUGUGGAAAGGGAAUCAUGCAGCAGCACAAUUACAAGUGAGCAUCAUUUUGAGAAUACAGAGAGUUUAGGGAUGGAACAUGGCUAUCAUUAUCUACUGCAACCAACUGAGAUCUCACAGGAGCUGUUAGACCUUAUCAAUUCAGCUUUGUUGUCCUCGACCCUGACUGUCACAUCUGAUUCAAAUGGCAACCUCAGAAUAGAGCCAGACAAAUGCAAAAUGAAGGAGAUGUUCAUGGCUGGCCAAAGAACAGAUGAUCAAUAUGGUCAAAAACGUCUUCCGAGUCCUAACACAUCAGAUUUGUCUGAUUACAGACCUGAGACGUCUGACAUUGGUGGAUACCAGUCUCAGGAGUUUUUCACCGAGAGUGGAGACGAGGAGACAGAGAGAUUGCACAUCUUUCGAGAAAUUUUAAAACAAAGUUCGGAGAAGCCAAGAUUAAAAAACCACGUGAAAGAGAACAGCUCAAUGAAAUCGCCCACAUGGACGGCAACAAAACAUACCGGCAGUCCAAGUUUAAAGAGCAGUAGUGUUAAUUCUUUUCAGGAUACUAAAAGUGCAAUACAUGAGCCACUAUCCCACAGUGUAUCACCUAGCAAUAAAAGUUCACUUGAUGGAGAUGAUGAACCGGUGCAGGGCAUGGCUUUAAAAGAAAAAAUCAACUCUAAAGAGGGAGUUCUUAUUGAUAAAGGCAGGUGGCUUCUCAAAGAAAACCACCUCAUUCGUAACUCUCCUCCUGCAUCCAUGGGAAUGUACGGAAAUGAAGACACCACAUCAGCGGACACGGCUCAGGAUAACAGAAGUGAAGAUUCAUCUCAUCCAUAUUGUGAGAACCAAGCCUCACCUCUGGCUGCAAUAUCUUCUUCUGAGUUGGAAGAUAUGGUCAAACCCCCUACACCAAAGUGUACGUACUUCAAUAUGGCACACAGCAGUGACUCUGAUCCUCUCAUAGAUGCCCAAAGUGUCAGAAGUGGCAGUGGUGGAGGGGAUAAUAGGAGGAAAAAGCAACUUAAGGUGUGUCCGAUGGGGGAGUCUUCAAACAUGUGGGCAAAGAAAAACGGAAGUAUGUCUUCAUUUGCAUCUGUUGAGUUCAAACUGCCUGAUGGCAAAGUUCAUCCUCAAGAGGGGUCAAGCUCUGGGGUUCACAAAUCCCAGAGUCAAGACAGUCAGACAGUACAAGAGGAGGAGUCCAGGAUUGGACUAAAUCUCAGGUGUGGGCAGCACUGCCCAAUAUUAUAGUCCAAAAGGGAAAAUGUACCAGUAUUGUUUCUACUUAAGUUCUAGUUAUUAAUAGUUGAUUUGCUUUAACUAAAUGAACAGCACAUAUGAUUUCACUUCGGUGCCUGCUAGUCUUUACGAUUUGAUGUUUUGGCUUAUUUUAAGUAUGUCUCCAUUUCGAAGGGGCUAAAUUGCACAAUAAAUCUGAUUUACUUGAACUUCCGAAGUGGCAUUUCUCCUGGAUAAAAGGCGAAUGAUGAAUAAUUCACCCUAAGCCCCGGUAUGCUUGAUUUGAUUUUGUUUUUCAGAGAUGUGGAGACUUUGGCAUACUAUAAUCAUGAACUUGUGCUUAAAUCACCAUUCAAAGUACUCGUUUGAAGGGUGAUCUGCUCAAUUAAUAUCUCUCAGUAUGUGUUGUCUUACCCUUUGAACCACUUUUAAAUUGUCUUUUUUAUGAAAGCCCUUAAACUCACACAAAAAAGUAAUUAAUUUGGUCAGAACAAGAGAAUAGGCAAUAAUGCUUUGUUUUCUGAUAUUUUUUGUGCCAUUUUUUAAUUGUGUAAAGCACAACAGAUUAUUUGUUAAACUCGCGUAGCAACAUACAUCUGUCAAACUGUAAAUUUUUAUUGUUGGAGGAGUGUGUUGAGAUUUUUUAAAAAAACAUUUUUAAUGCUUUUUUAAAAAGCAGUAUUGACAUUAUAACAUAAUAUGCACGAUAAAAGCACAACGCAAAAAUAUGAGAAUCAAGGCAGCUUACAUCACAAUGAGAUGAAUUCUUUUUAUUGUGCUGAUAACUAGGAGAUCAAAUUAAACAUACACUAAUAACCUCUAGGAUCUAUCUUAUAAAAUGAUAUACAGCAUUUAUACGAAUUUGUAUAUUGAUCACAUUUGGAUAUGUAUAUUACGAAUAGUAUUUUGCACAUAACUGUUCUUUUUAUUUUUAAAUAUUUUAGGUCACUGAAACAGUGCAUUGCAAACCGAACAAGAAAAAAAAAAAUAGAUGAACAGAAUAAAAACAAAAGAGAUAAAAGUAUAGACAUGGCUUCUUCAGAGGGUUUUUGAAUGUGAGGACAAAAGCCUAAUUCUCACAAAGUGUUAUUUUAACAAAUUUCAGGAGGAGCAUGCGCAGAUGUUUUAGCAAUUCUAUACGUCAACGACAAUCAUUUUAUUAUCCAAUCAGUAUUAGACCAAACC